UAAGCUCCGUAAAUAAAACAUCUCGACGACGACGCAAUCCACAACAUCAACAACAUGGCACUUGUGGUGGCUUCCCUGACCGUCUCCUCCCUUCUCUCUGCGUAUCUCCUCUGCUCGUUCGCUGCAGGUCAGUCGCUGCACCCGCAGUUCUACGACCGAUCGUGCCCGAAAGUCCAGGCGAUCGUCGAGGCAGCUGUAGCCAAAGCCGUUGCAAAAGAGGCUCGAAUGGCCGCUUCCCUGCUCCGCCUUCACUUCCAUGACUGCUUCGUUAAGGGGUGUGACGCAUCGAAUUUGCUGGACAGCAGCGGGACCAUAAUCAGCGAGAAAAGGUCGAACCCGAACCGCGACUCCGCGAGGGGAUUUGAGGUCGUCGAUGAGAUCAAGCACGCAGUGGAGAAGGAAUGCCCGGCAACUGUCUCCUGCGCCGACAUAUUAGCGCUUGCCGCGAGGGAUUCUACUGUCUUGGUUGGCGGGCCGAGUUGGGUGGUUCCAUUAGGGAGGAGGGAUUCCUUGGGAGCAAGUAUCAAGGGUUCUAACAACAACAUUCCGGCUCCCAAUAACACCCUUCAAACCAUCAUCACCAAGUUCAAGCUCAAAGGCCUCGACCUCGUCGAUCUCGUCGCGCUCUCGGGUAGCCACACGAUCGGAGAUGCGCGGUGCACCAGCUUCCGGCAGAGACUGUACAAUCAGACGGUAGACGGCCGGCCGGACUCCACCCUCGAUCCGGCGUACGCCGCCGGUCUGCGGGGCCGCUGCCCGAGGUCGGGCGGUGACCAAACGCUCUUCGCCCUGGACCCGGUCACCCAGUUCAGGUUCGACAACCAGUACUUCAAGAACCUGGUGGCGAACAAGGGCCUCCUCGGCUCAGACGAGGUCCUUUUCACGGGCGGCGCCGCCACCGCGCAGCUGGUGAGGAAGUUCGCGAGGAGCAACGCGGCGUUCUUCGACCAGUACGCCGAGUCGAUGGUGAGGAUGGGCAACAUCGCGCCGCUGACUGGGGGCAGAGGAGAGAUCAGGAAGAACUGCAGGAGGAUUAACAAAUAAUUAAUUAAGAACGCCGUUAGCUACAAUUGUUUGGUGAUUAAUAACUGCUUAUUGUUUGUUUGCUCGUCCGAAUGCACCGGGAGUUAGGACUUUCGAUUUAUCCGGUUUGUUUACUCGUACGAACGCACAGG